UGACUAGUCAAGCUCCUCCUGGCGUGCGGAUUUUCCGAGCAUAAAUAGCCAGCGCUGGCCUUAGGAAACGAAGUUGAACUUGAACUGGUUUUUCGAUCCAUUCAAGCUGAAAUAUAAAAGCUAUACAAAGCCUGCAUAUGCUAGCUAGCUAGCUAGCUUCAGUGAGACUAAUACUAGAGGCUUCUAGCUUAUAUAUAUAUUAGCUUCCCAGAAAGCCAAGUUAAGGCAGAAGGGAUCAACGAUGGUGCGAGCUCCUUGCUGUGAGAAGAUGGGACUGAAGAAGGGUCCUUGGACUCCCGAGGAAGACCAACUCUUGGUCUCCUACAUUCAAAAAUAUGGCCAUGGCAAUUGGCGAGCCCUCCCGAAGCAAGCAGGUCUUCUAAGAUGUGGGAAGAGUUGCAGACUCCGCUGGAUCAAUUAUUUAAGGCCAGAUAUAAAGAGAGGAAACUUCACAGCAGACGAAGAAGAAACCAUCAUUAAGCUGCAUGAGAUGCUUGGCAACAGGUGGUCAGCAAUUGCAGCAAAGCUACCAGGAAGAACAGACAACGAGAUUAAAAAUGUUUGGCACACCCACUUGAAGAAGAGGCUUCAAAAAACAAAUCAAGUGCAAUCCAUCGUUAAUUCGGAUUCCAAAACCAGAGGCUCCAAACUUUCAAUCAAACGAUCUGUUUCCAAUUCCAGCUCAGUGACAACUCAAUCAGAAGCUGUCAGUUUCAUCGGUUUCCCAGAAAAGGACACAACAUCGUCAGUUUCAGCGUGUACUGCUUCUUCUAGUGAUUGUGGCCGGAGCAUGAAUGUGGCCAUGAAGUGCGAAGACGUAGACUCAUCUCUCGAGCAUUAUGUAUUGCCUCAGAUUGAUGAAAGCUUCUGGUCAGAAGCAGCAAUGGAUGAGAAUAGCCCCACCAUUGACAAUAAAUUACCAGUUCAUCAAUACCCAUUUGAUUCUGCAGAAUCUUUCCAACAAGGUUAUGGGUAUAAUGGUUUAAACUUUGACGAUGGAAUGGAUUUCUGGUAUGACAUAUUCAUCAGAACAGGGGAUUUUACAGAGUUGACGUUCUGAAAGAUCUCAACUUUUCAUAAACUCCUCGAGAUGGGGCUAUUUUUGUCUAUCCAAGAAAGCAAUAUCCGCAAGGUGAAACAAGGGAGAUUUAAAAGUGAGACCCAGAAUAGUAGGACUCUAAUUAACAUUUUUCUUUGUUACAAAUGAAUCUUCUUCUUUUUUCUCCUUUUU